CCCGUGACUAGGUUGGGUUCUCUCUUCAGCCGCCACCCUCUCCGGCCAGGCUCUCCAGCUCGCCAUGGAGGACCAGAGCCCCAAGCGUAUCCGUUGCAAAGCGGCGGUCUGUAGAGGCGCCGGCGAGCCGCUCGCCAUCGAGGAGAUCCUCGUCGAUCCGCCGAAAGCGUACGAGGUCCGCGUCAAGAUCAUCUGCACCUCGCUCUGCCACACUGACAUCAGCUUCUGGCAAGCCAAGGUGUCACCAGUGUUCCCGAGAAUCUUGGGACACGAGGCGUACGGGGUGGUGGAGAGCGUCGGGGAGCACGUGGAGGGCUUCGCCGCCGGCGACGCGGUGGUGCCGACGAUCCUGGGCCAGUGCGAUCACUGCACCAGCUGCACGUCCGAGACCAGCAACCUCUGCGACGCGGUGCCGCCGACAAUGGGCCCCGGGAUGCGGCGCGACGGCACCGGCAGGUUCUGGGACGAGCAGGGGAAACCGCUGCACGACCUCCUCGCCGUGUCCACCUUCAGCGAGUACACCGUCAUGGACAUGAACCAGCUCGUCAAGCUCGACCCCGCUGUGCCGCCCAAGCUCGGCUGCCUCAUCAGCUGCGGCGGCGCCACCGGGGUAGGAGCAGCGUGGAGAUUGGCCAUGCUCAAACCUGGCUCGUCAGUUGCCAUCUUUGGAUUGGGAUCAGUCGGACUGGCAGUGGCACAAGGUGCGAAAAUGUGUGGAGCGUCCAAGAUUAUCGGCGUUGACUUAAACCCAGACAAGGAGAAAUUUGGGAAAGCGUUCGGCGUGACAGACUUUGUCAACCCAUCGCAACUGGACAAGAACAAAUCCGUCAGUGGGGUGAUCAGCGAGAUGAGCGGCGGCGGCGUCGAUUGCAGCUUCGAGUGCAUCGGCGUGCCCUCGGUCAUGGCCGAAGCGUUCAGAAGCACCAAGAAGGGGAAUGGCAAGACGAUCGUCCUGGGAUUGGGAAAUGACAAGGACGAGGUGCGCCUGCCGGCCCAGGACCUACUGUACGGCAAGUGCAUCAUGGGGUCGUCCUUGGGUGGGCUCAAGCCCAAGACCCACAUCCCGAUCCUCGCUGAGAAAUGCAUGAACAAGGAGCUGGAGCUGGACGGGCUGGCGACGCACGAGGUGGGCAUGCAAGAGAUCAACAAGGCCUUCGACCUGCUGCUGCAGGGGAAGAGCCUCAGGUGCAUCAUAUGGAUGGGCAAGUGAUCUGUGACCAUCGCCGCUGUUGAUCUGUGACAGGAAAAAAAAUCUCACCGAGUUUCAGUUCGCAUGCAUUGCUGAUGCGCAGUUCUAAAGGUCAUUUGGUUUUGGAAAAGGGGAAGUUUUAUUUCUAAAGUCCACGUAUCGUGAGAGCUACAAUUCAUUUUGCAAAUAAAAGAACAGUUUACCUUC